CACAGUAAAAUUUGAUAAGAUACUGAUACAAAACAUGACAUAUUCGUUCACUGAUUCAGUCGAUCUGUUGGCAGCAGACGAUACGUAUCGUAUAUUUACAUACGUAAUUUCCCGUUUGCAUAAAUAUAACUAUGUAUUCAUUUAAUGAAUUAUACAUUUAUUGUAAAUAUCAGUGGAAAUAAAGUUAAUAACUUUUUUAAAAAGAGAAAUAAUUUAAACAUUCUUUUUAAUUGUAGUAAUCAAUAAAAAAUUUGGAAAAAGGAUUAUUUUUAUUUAAAAAGAAUUGCUGUUCUUUACAAACUACGUAUUAUAUCUUUUUGUUAAUGAAUCAUCAACGUAUAUAAUGUGUGUUUGUUUCUGUUAUUGCUUUUAAUACUAUCCACGUGUGAAAAUAGUGAUUCUGAGUGUCUAUACCGCGUUUCUACUAGGAGAAUGCCAACGACGCCAUUAAAAAUAGAUAUACUUGAGGACGGUGCUCGUCCAAGAGACUGGCAGCCUCGUAGGUCUCAGUACAAGGUGCCUCUGAGAUUAUUUCGAUUGUGCUUACUCGGAAUGUUUCUUCCUGCGGUAUUGGUGGCUGGGCCGAUAUACUUGCGAUAUCGUGUUUAUUGCGAGCAACUGUAUCCAUUAACCGUUUCCGAUCAAAGGCUUAUCGACGCGAAAGUAUCUACCACGUGGUGUCAAAGUCAAGUCAUUAAAGUUAAUACCACGUUUAACGCCUAUCUGAUGAAUGAUGAACCAAAAAUGGAAAACGAGUUUCUACCCGUUUCUAUGACAAGACAUUUGAUUUUAGAGGACGACAUGAAAGAAUAUUGGGGCUUCUAUCUUCUUCGUGGUAGUAGCGUUACUGUAUCCACUUGUGUGAGAUGGCCUGGUGCUUCUUUAACCAUGAUCCGCGGUCACAAACAUCUUCAUGAAUGUGCCUUCAUUGGUGACGAUAGCAGCGAAGAAUUAGAGGAACUCCUGGAAGUUGCUAAAGAGACCGGUUUCCUUACAAUGAAUGGUUCGCUUGAGAGUGAAAGUCCUAGCAAUGAGCCAGAGAAAAUGAAGAGAGUGCAGCAGGGUAUACAGUUUCAUCACAAGGACCAUGCUAACGCUUUAAACAGCUCGAAGCACACGAUGAACACCAUAACACACCAUUACAACAGUCACGAAUUGGAUGCCAAAGCUAUGAAAGUGAUACUCACGGAACUAUUCGCCAAAACGCUCGACACGAAAAAAAAGCAGAAGGAGAACCCUCAUCACCAUUACGAAGGAACCUUCGUGGAAACUGAUAACAUCGAGAAGCCGCCUACUCAAUAUCCCCAUGAUGAUUCACAGAAAACUAGGAACAAACAGAUGGAAAAUAUGUUCAUGAAAACUUUUGAAGAAGUCUUGAAGAAGAAAAAUGUAGUGAGUGUUGUGAACGACACAGGAGGAUUGAUAGAAAAACACCGAAAACUCCUGCGUGGAAAUCUUCUGCAAAGUCAGACGAGCAAAGAGAAGACGACAGUAAAUCCUGAAGAGAAGAUCGAAAAAGCGGAAGCUUCAUCUGCAGAAGUGCUUCGAGAUGUGUUGGAAAAAGUCAAUUCUUUGGGUUAUCGGGGUAAAAAGAUACUGAAAAAACUGAUGGUUGAAAUUGAGAAGAAGGGUGCUGAGGGAGAAGAUCUAUGGCAGGCAGUGAACAAGACGAUGAACGAUCAGACACUUUCGGAUGCUGAGAAACGUAGAAGACGAAGAGACUUGAUUCUGUCUUCGCCUCUUCAUACGGAAUUAACGGAGGAAGAUGAAGAUGACGAUGCUGCUAUCGAGGAGGAUACAUUGCAUCCAGAUGGCAUAGCCGAGGACAGGGGUACCGUGAACGAGACGACGUUGAACGACAGAAGUAAUUCCGAAUUUUGGAGCUCGUUUAGUAGCUCCGAGGAACGGCUUUUGGAUUGCAAAGGACUGAUUCUGAAUUUACCUUUAACACCACAUCGAUAUUGUAUGCCGAAACACGAAAGCGAACAUUUGACCGCCUCGUUCGCUAACACGGUUACAUACAGAGUACCUACGAACGGAUAUUAUUUCUUCGUCUUCAAUUCUGAAAACGAGAUUCAGCCGAAUUAUUUACGAGUACGUUUCGACCUGCUGAAGACCCUCUACAAUAUCUCGAAUCCAGUACACGCCUGUAAGAAUAGCACGACAGAGUGUUCAUUGCCUUUCAAAAUCUUCAGUAACGAGAGGACGGUCUUAGAGUUGCCAUUGAGUGGCAAUGACUCACAAUGGAACGAAGAAUACGUGGUUGUCUCCACGUGCGAACCUAGAACGUCUAUUUAUUUGUUAUGCAUCAUAGCGGUGCCUUUGCUCAUCCUUAUAUUUGCGUUUCACUGACAGCACGAUGAAUCGGUAUGAGGAAAAGACAGUAUUGUGAUCUUGCGACGAGAACAGCCGCUGAAAAUGCUUGCUUGUAAAUAUAUUGUAAGUUUAAAAGCGAACCGAAGUAUGAGGACAGACCCUUGUUACAAUGGCAAUAA